CUGUUAAUCAGCCAUGCAAAUGAAAACAUAUUCGUAUGAGAACGGCUUACUUCGGCACGCGCAACAUAAAAUACCCUUUUAGACAAAUGGCUGUGAAGAACAGUUGAGCUGGUGAUUAGUGAGAUUGCUUAAUAUAUAUUAAAGAGCAGACAAGUUUGUUCAAAAUAUAUGAAGAAGCAAAACGUUUUUUAAGCAAAACAUAAUUUUCUAGCGAUCGACCCUAAGGUUGUGGUCCGUGGACUAUAUUAUUAUAAAAACUGCUAACUGGUGAUCCGAUUUUAAUCAUAAUAAGAGUCGAGUUUGAUCAAGAUAUAUAUACAAAUGAGUUAACAUACAAGUUUUCAGUUUUACUUGAUUUUCUACCAAAAAAUCCUAUUUAGCUGCUGGUCCGAUAUAGUAAACCGGUGUUAAGCAGAUUUUGCUGAUUCGAUAUUGAUCAGAAGUAAGGAGCAUAGACGAGCUUAAUAAAGCUAGUGGUGCGAUAUAAUGUUCCGAUUUUAAUAGUUCUGUCUUGGUCCGCUUUUAAUAAAAUUUUAUUGAUUAAGUGUUCAUAAGUUUCUGCUCAAAAGUAAGCAACACGGUUAAAUCAACAUAGGCCUAGUUUGAUCAAGACAUUUUGCAAAACUAAAAAGUAUUUAAAUAUGAUUUUCAUUUUCGACCGAUUAUUCCAUUUGGCAGCUAGUGGUUCGUUAUAGUGGUCCGCUUUUAAUAAGAUUUUGUUCAUAAAUAAAUUGCAUGGCGGAACUAAUAGGCAAGCUUGCUCAGGAUUUAUGGUUUACAUACAAGCAUUCAGUCUAGAACUUAAUUUUAUAACGUCAAUAUGUUAUCCAUAAUUAUUAAGCAUUGGUUAACUUAUAAAAGCCGAGUUUUGUCAAGAUAUUUAAAAAAAAAAACCAAAAAUGUCUAUGAUAAAGUGAAUCGAACUGUUGUGUACUCAGAGGGUCGAACAUGCCUCCUUUAAUGCUUUACACAUAUCGUGACAAAAUUAUACCUUCUCAAGUGUAUACAAAAUAUAAAUUAGCUCGCAAGUGUGACGAGCCCAAGUAUAUAUAUAGAAACAAACCCUACGCUCAAAUAGUAGUAUCCGGCCAGAAAUGACGUGGUUUUCAACUUUGUUUUACACUUUUCUCAUAAUACGUGCUGCUUUUGGCACAGCAGAAGUGGAAAAUGAAAUGUUUCUAUACAGCACAUCUGUUGGGAGCAUGUCGAAGCUGGUGCAGCUGGAAAAUAAGCUGAUGGGUAGUUUGCAAGUUGUUGCCAAGGACAUGCAGCAAAAACUAAAUAUGAUAAGGCUCUACCAGCAAAUGUUGAAGCGUUCGGCCGAAGACAGUUCCGAAAAGCAAGAGGAAUAUGUGGCAAAUCCGCUAAACGCAUUCGCACUGCUUCGAAGAUUGCAGCAGGAUUGGCCCAAAUGGCUGACAUAUCUGAAGACACAACCCGAAAUAGAAGAGAUGCAGCAGCAGCUGCAAAACGCGCCAAACGAGAAUGAUUUGCAGACAGCAAUAAAAGGCUUGCUGCGCAUUGAAAGAAUCUAUGAUCUAGAGGCAUCGCACAUGGCCGAGGGCCUGUUACUCGGCAAACAAUACGACUCAUUUCUCACUUCGCCCGACUGCAUAGCCUUGGCGGACAAUCUGUUUAAUCGCACGGAGUAUUCGAGAUCUACGCACUGGUACCGCACUGCAAUACGUCUGUACAAAAAGCCAUAUGGAAAACUGUUUGGUCGUGUGCUGGGCUUAAAGCGCAAGGGACUCAACAGAAAGUAUGCCCAGGCAAUUGUCUACGAGCCGGAUGUGUCACAGGAGCCGCAAGUGGCUGGUGUAGAGCCCGAAUGGAAGGAUAAUGUAGAUAAUGUCAUCAAGCAACUUGUCAGUCAGUCCAGCAGCGACAAAAUCCAAAAUAUGGUCGAUAAGUAUCUCGCGGUGAACGAGCAAAUUUUCAUUGAACAGCGAGCUAAACACAAGGCAAAGCCCAAUGCGGUGGAGAAGGGCUGUCGCGGACUGUGGCCAAAGCGCAAGACCCAUCCGUUGACCUGUCGGUACGUUCAGCAGAACUCGGCCUAUCUCAUGCUGGCACCUUUGAAGAUGGAGAUGCUGAGUCUGGAACCCCUAAUACAGCUAUAUCACGAUGUCCUGCACGACUCCGAAAUCGAAGCUGUCAAAAAUGUGACAAAUCAUCGGACAAUGGUUGAGAAUGUGGCCAGCACAGUAAAGUUGAUCACAUUGAAGGAUGCGCCACAUACACAAAACAUAAAUCGUAGAAUUACGGAUAUGUCAGGCCUGGAUAUGGCACAGAAUAAUACGCUACAGUUGCUCAACUUUGGCCUGGGCGGUUAUCUGGGUAAACAGUUGAAGUUGCAAGGCAAUCGCAUAGCUACAGUCAUUUUCUACGCUAGCGAUGUUGCGCUCGGUGGCGCUACCAUAUUUCCAAGGCUGCAGCUCGUGGUGAAACCAAAAAGAGGCUCAGCCUUGUUGUGGUACAAUUUGAAUGCAGCUGGUAAACCGGAUGCGCUGACAAGGCAUGCCGUCUGUCCUGUGGUCGUGGGCUCCAGAUGGGCUAUAUCGAAGUGUAUAGAAGAUCAACAGCAGCUGCCCAAGAAGCUGUGCCUGGCCUGAAUAUCGAGUUUUCUUUUAAAAGAUAAAAUGUUAAUAAACAGCUCAAUGCUAACUAAAGUGGAA